AUGGUCACAAAGCACGCGGUCCCAGAUCCUCCCUUUAAACCCCAUGGCGGCGGUGAUCACACUGCCUUCCGGCCACAUGGCCCCAGUCCCGUCAAGCGCCCAACCCUCAAUGCUAUAGACACAACGCUCCCGCCUCGCCGCUCGCCCGUGGCCCGACCUCUCCCUCUCGCCAACUCCGCCCCUCCGUCCAAUGGCCCUCGUGGUGGCAGAAGGCCUGAUCCCCUCCGCCCUACCUACCUCAAAAUAUCCCACGUCGAACCGCCUCUUCGCUCGGCUUGCUCUUUCGACACCACUCGACAUGGCCCUAUGCAAUUGUCCCCGGCGAGGGAGCGUACGCGACCAGUCCCUCCCAGAAACCGGCUCGACACUCCUCCAAUGGGGCUGAAGCCGACGCUCUCAAUGACCAACAUGCAAUCUGGCCAAUUUGCACCGCUUCGUCAUGACAGGCCGCCGCUGGAUACCCCCGUCAGCGCUCGUUUCCCUCAUCGCCACCAUCCCCCCGAGCUACACUUUGAUAUCCCACUCCGAUCGAGCUUGCAGUCUGCCACUACUGGAAGCUCGAGUUUGGAACCCGCAAGCGGAACAGAGCGGAGUAGUAUUCUCACCAAUACCAGCUCCAUAACGGAUCUGACACCGGACACCGCAGAGGAGCCAGUUGGUGGAAUGAGUGUCGACGAUGCCAUAGAUAUGUAUCUUGAUGGCUUCUCGGAUGACUCGUCGCCAUCGUUGGAACUAGCAGAUUCGCCGGAACCACCCAACUUUCUUGAAUCCCCCGAACCACCAUCUAGGGCAACGGAGUCUCCAAGCACGCCAGAAGAGGAGCCAAAACCCGGACGUCCACCAAGCCCUAAAGACCCAGAAUCUCCUGAAGGGCCAACAGGGAGCAGCCGUUUGGAGAACCAAAGUCAUGCAGAAGAUUAUUGUUCCACUGGAAAACCACCACCCCCGCCUAUGGAACCAAAGGUUACAGUACCAGAAGUCCUCUCAGUUGGUGUACCGCCUCCCUUAUCUGCGGCAACCAAGUUACGAGACCAAUAUGGAUUCAAAAAGGAGACAACCUAUGUCACUCUGGCGCAGUAUAACAAGUGGAACGAACCAUAUUCAAGAUACGUGGGCUACCGGAGACAAAAAUGGGUAGAGCUUCUCAAGGACAGUGGUCUCGAGCAUAAGGACACUCUUACCUUCCCCCCGAGAUCAGGCAAAGUGAAGCGGUAUAUUAGAAAAGGUAUACCUCCGGAAUACCGUGGUGCUGCGUGGUUCUGGUAUACUGGAGGCCAUGAACAUCUCCAACGGAACCCGGGUCUUUACCGGAAACUUGUCGAGCAAGCCGUUCAUUCCCCCAUGAACGAUGACAAGGAGCACAUUGAGCGAGACCUCCAUAGGACCUUUCCUGAUAAUAUCCAUUACAAGCCGGACUCGUCUUCUGAAACGACGACAGGCGCGGCUGCCGGUAGCAGCAACCUCAAGUAUGCGCCAGAUGCCCAGGAGACACCCAUAAUCCAGUCGCUACGUCGUGUCUUAUACGCGUUUUCAGUGCAUAACCCAAAGAUUGGCUAUACCCAGUCCCUAAACUUCAUCACGGGUCUCCUGCUUCUUUUCCUUCCGGAAGAAAAGGCGUUCUGGAUACUUCAUAUCAUUACUUCCACAUAUCUACCAGGCACGCAUGAAGUGAGUCUAGAAGGAGCCAACGCUGACCUCUGGAUCCUCAUGGUUGCCUUGAAGGACGCUCUGCCACCUGUGUACACAAAAGUUGCUAGUCCAACACCAACAACUCCUAGAUCAAAACCGCCCGCCAUCAACACUACCACUCGACUCCCUGAUAUUACACUUGGCCUUACGAACUGGCUGAUGUCCAUGUUCAUCGGCAGCCUUCCUCUCGAAACCACGCUGCGGGUGUGGGAUAUUCUUUUCUACGAGGGUUCUAGAACCUUUUUCCGUGUUGCAUUGGCAAUCUUUAGGCUUAGCCAAAGAGACAUACUCGCCGUCAGCGAUCCCAUGGAAAUAUUUCAGAUCGUGCAGACGGCCCCGAAGAAGAUGAUCGAUGCAAGUGCUCUCGCUGACGAGUGCUUUGUGCGACGCUUCCGGUUCUCACAAGCACGAAUCGAGUCGCUGAGGGCUGCGCGGAGACAAGCCAUCAGGGAAGAUAAGGAGCGAGUGUCGUUUUUGGCGUGUCCUGGGAAUUUUGGUGCCGAUUCCGACCGUCGCCCAAGUACCUCAAGCAAUAAUAAUACUCAGGCUGGUGCGUGGAGAACAUGGAAGAAUCACACUUUUAGAUGAGGUUUCAUGGCUCUUUCACGCCCUCAAUUCCAAUGUUUUAUUAUUUUGGGGUCUUAUUCUUUCUUUCUUUCCUUUUUUUCCACCUCCCCUUCUUCUCUCUCUUCGAGCUGGCUGUUGCAUUAGCAGGUGGACAGACCUACCGGCCUACCAACCUAUGUACUUUCUUCUCUCUUCUCAGCACAUACAUAACCCUGUUACGCCCUCCCUAAGGAUUUCCUU